CACACCACAUCACCAACAACCAACCACCCACCCCACCUCCUUCCACCCUGAAACUUGUGCUGGUGAUUCAUUCCUCCGAUUUUUUCGGCUCUACUCCAUGAUGCUGACGCCUGCUAGAAAGUGCAAUCUGUCCACAUGACCUAGUAUUUUCGGGUUUCCUACAAUUCGAUAACGCCUAUCUUGUUGAACAGUGAAGCCGCCGUGAUAAAUUAAUUCUUUAACAAAUGGGGGUCGACUCAUCAUAUCGCAUCAGUGCAGCAGCAGCCGCAGCCGCCGCCGCUGCCGCCGCCGUGGACGUAGGAGUCAGCGACGAGAGUCUGGUCGGGCCUCCGCUGUUGAAGACGUGUUCGCAAGGUGUGUACCAUACGGCGAGUCACGCGGCGAUGGAGGCGGUGCUGCGCGAGCGAUGCCUCGGCGCCCGCGGUCGCAGCGUGAGCGCUAAGGACGACGUCAUCUACUCGCGGUCCGUCGCCACGGCUGAUGGCGGGGGACGAACGUGCUGGAAAGGAGCCGAUUGUGACUAUAACGGGGCUGUCUGUGACGGGCAAUGCGAAGGUGCAAUUGGUGGGAGUGGAUGUUGUUGUAAGGGGGGUCGGGCAGUGGAGGGUGAAGGGGAAGGGCCGGCGGAGGGCCGUGGGGAGAGAGGGAGCAACGACGGUGUCCGUUACUGUGAAACUCGCGAUUAUGGCGCCUCGCAUCCCGGGUAUAGCGUCGCGCGUCCCAACAUUGAUUUCAAGUCAUGGCUCGAGGAGCAAAUCCGGUUCAGCCAGUCUCUGCCGUCGACCAUGUCGCCGUCACGCCAUUCGCAUUUUGUCAAAGCUUCAGCAAUCGAGAUUCCAGCUACAUCCUCGGGUUUCUCUCCCUCCGCCUCCCCGUCCUCCUCGCCGUUCUCCUCCCUCUCCUCCCUGCCCCCGUUCCUCGCCUCUGCGUCCCCCAGUCCGUCCCCCUCCCCUUCCUCUACCGCGUCCUUCGCUCAGGCCUGUCCGCCCGCCAACUCUGCACCCAGCAGUGCCCCCAUCACGGUCGCCGUUGCCCCUGCUGACACCACUAUUCCUAGCAGCAGCGCCACUCAUUCUCUUGCUGCUCUCGCGCCCUCCAUCAUCGCCCCCGCGUCACCCGCUCACUCCCUCGCCUCAUCCUCCACUCCCUCCACCCCCACCCUCACCCCGCGCUCCCCCUACUUCUCCCUCUCGCCCGCCCAUCGCCGCUCCCAGCAUUUCCCACCCCCUCACUCUCCGUCCCCUGCCCCUCCUCCCUCCCCAAUGCUCCUCGGCCGGUUCGGCCUGAAGUCCCCUCUGAAGGCGCCCCUGACGGCGCCGCUGAGGGCGAUCAGUCGCAUGGCUGCACGGCGCUGCCGGUGCUUCUUCACUCUCCACGUGCACGGCAUCCUCGGCCUGCCCGCGCCCUUCCACGCCGCCGCCGACGCUGCUGCCGCCACCAGCAGCAGCAGCAGCAGCUGCAGCAGCUCCAGCAUCGUUAGCAGCAGCAGUAGCAACUCGAGCAGCAGCAGCAGCAGCAGCAGCAGCAGCGGUGGCGGCGGCAGCAGCGGCGGGGAGUGGGAGGCGAUGGUGCUGUGGCAGCGGCGGGGCAUGGCGGUGAGCACGAGCGUGGCGGCCGUGCGAGACGGCGUGGUGCAGUUCGAGCAGACGCUCGAGCUCUCGUGCACGCUCUACUGCACCCCCGGCCCCCACCACUCGCUGCGCUUCCAGGAAAAGCCCUCCACGCUCGUCGUCCGACUCAUCAACCGAUCCGCACGCACGCCACCACGAGGGGGACAAGCAGGAGGCAGCGGUCGAGGAGGCGCGGGGAGCGCGGAGGGGGAAGAGGCAAGAGCAAGGGCUUGCGCAGCAACAGCGAGCGGGAUGGAAUUGAGUGGCGGAGGGGGGAGGGCAGGAGGUGGGUGUAGCGAGGUGGAGGUGGGGCGGCACGCGGUGGACCUGGCGCGCCUGGUGCCGUGGUCGCUGGUAGACACGGACCUCCGGCCGCACACGCUCGCCUUCCCCCUCUCCGCCGCUGCCAGCGGCGCCACCCUCCUCGCCACCUUCGGCUACGAGCUUCAGAUCAGCAGGAGAACAGGCGGCAUUGGGGGUACGGGGGGGGCGUGGGGUCCUGUGGGAGGGGGAGGAGGGGAGUCAAGGGUGGCGCGGGCGGACUCGAGGGCGUUCAGCGCGGUGGCGGCAGAGGCGGCGUUUGACGCCAUGUCGCUGCCGUGCAGCAGCGCGCACAACAGCCCCGCCUCCAGCCCGCCCAGAGUGGCUCUCGCGCACUGGGCUGCUGGCGCCCUCCCUGCCGCCAUGGGCGCUCCUCACAGGGAAGGGGACAAGCCGUUUGAGGAGUGGGGCGAGGGGGAGAGGACGCCGCGCGAGGAGUGUGAGGGCCAGGUGAGUGACAGGGGUCCGUGUGAUGGCACGAGGGGUGUGGGCACGUGCAGGACGAGUGGCGGGGGGCCAGAAGGUGAGAAGGAACUGUGGGGCGCGGGUGAGUGCGAGGAUGGUGCAGGGGGGGGCGUGGGGCCAGAGGCAGGAACUGAGCCUCAGCAGGGAGGGGGGGGCGUUGGUGGUGUGGACAGUGAGGAGGGGCUUGUGGAUAGCAAGCGUGCUUGCGAGGUUAAAGGAGAUGGGCACGCGAUAGUAGGCGACGGAUGUGCAAGUGAAGUCGAGAGGGUGUGUGUGGACGAGGAGGGUGAAACGAGCGUUGAAGCGCCUUCUGGAGAAGGAGAAAGGGAGCGCUGUGCUGUGAGUGGCAGUACAGCGAGCGUGGAUGCAGUGGCAGAAAAGCACAAGCUUGACCCUGUCGCUCUACCGAAGGCAGCGGCGGGAGAGGUGUGGGAAGGUGUGGGGGAGGAGUGGGCGGUGGAAGGAGCAGAGGAGCUGCAGGGCGUGGAGGAUGCGUUCAUCGCGAUGCUGGAGGAGCAGAGCCCGGAGAAGAGCACUCACACACGCAGCAGCAGGGGCCGCGGGAAGAGGAGCAGCAGUGGGGGCAGGAAGGGAGGCAAGGGAGUGCGGGGGGGCAGAGGGGGGGGUCGGGGGAGUGGGAGUGGUGGGGGUGGGGAGGAGGGGGGGGUGGCAUGGCUGGAUGGCAUUCCAGAGGUGGAUGGGGAGGGGGAGGAGAGGGAGGAGGGCGUGGAGGGAAAGGAAGACAGGGCAGUGGAAUGAUUUUUGGACAAGAGGGAGUAAGGGGAUCAUGAGGAGGACACUGCUAGGAUUUUUUGUCGGCUUUCCAGUUCUGGAUUGUUUGAUUCGUUUUUUAGGGUUGGUGGGUGGGUGUGUGCGCAUGUGCUGCUUGUAGCAGCAUGUGUUGAUUGCAUUAGUCCUGGUCUCGCAUUAGGGGUAGCGUGGCAGCUGUGAACGAACCUGAUGCCUUGUGCAGGCUACUGGGACUCACUUGUAAAUGCUCACGUGUGCUCACUGCGCCUCGCAGUCUGCCUCUGAAUGCAUUUUAGCCACUCAUACUAGGUGUGGUAUGGUAACACCUUUGUGCCCUGGAAACUCCAGCAGUUUGCACGGAAGGUGACCAUGAGCUGAGGAGGAUUCCCCCCUUUUGACCUGUUGGGUUCUCCCAGCUUCUAUAGAACUAGACCAACACAUGGAGACGACUUCCUAGAGCCACUGGCAGAUGCUAGCUA